GGCCGGGCGAGGGCAGCGGAGGCUGCGUCCUCACCGGGGCUGAGCUACAGCGACGUGCGGGGCGCGCGGAGAUGGCAGCGUCCAGCAACUCCAGUCUGUCCGGCUCCUCCGUGUCCUCCGAUGCUGAAGAAUACCAGCCUCCGAUAUGGAAAUCUUACUUGUAUCAGUUGCAGCAAGAGGCCCCUCGUCCCAAGAGGAUCAUUUGUCCUGGGGAGGUGGAAAACAGACCAAAAUAUUACGGAAGAGAGUUCCACGGGAUCAUCUCUCGGGAGCAGGCUGACGAGCUUCUCGGAGGCGUGGAGGGCGCGUACAUUCUCAGAGAGAGCCAGCGCCAGCCGGGAUGCUACACGUUAGCUCUGCGGUUUGGAAACCAGACCUUAAACUACAGGCUCUUCUACGAUGGAAAACACUUCGUGGGCGAGAAGAGGUUCGAGUCCAUCCACGACUUGGUCACAGAUGGCCUGAUAACACUGUACAUAGAGACAAAAGCCUCCGAGUACAUUUCCAAAAUGACCACAAACCCCAUCUAUGAGCACAUCGGAUACGCCACGCUACUCAGAGAGAAGGUAUCCAGGAGGCUGAGCCGGUCGAAGAACGAGGCCCGGAAAGCGAGCGUCACAAGUGAAGAGCACCCCACAGUUGAAAAGAUCUCCUCCCUGGUCAGGAGGGCCGCCCUCACGCACAACGACAACCACUUCAACUAUGAGAAGACACACAACUUUAAGGUCCACACAUUCCGGGGCCCGCACUGGUGUGAAUACUGUGCCAACUUCAUGUGGGGGCUCAUCGCCCAAGGGGUCCGGUGCUCAGACUGCGGGCUGAACGUACACAAGCAGUGCUCCAAGCACGUUCCCAACGACUGUCAGCCGGACCUCAAGAGGAUCAAGAAGGUGUACUGCUGUGACCUCACCACCCUGGUGAAGGCGCACAACGCCCAGCGGCCCAUGGUGGUGGACAUCUGCAUUCGGGAAAUCGAAGCCAGAGGAUUAAAGUCGGAAGGUCUUUACAGGGUCUCCGGGUUCACCGAACACAUCGAGGAUGUCAAAAUGGCAUUUGAUAGAGAUGGUGAAAAGGUAGACAUAUCUGCCAACCUCUACCCAGACAUAAACAUCAUCACUGGAGCCCUGAAACUGUAUUUCAGAGACUUACCCAUUCCUGUCAUCACCUAUGAUACCUAUUCCAAGUUUAUAGAAGCAGCAAAAAUCUCCAACGCAGACGAGAGGCUGGAAGCCGUCCACGAGGUGUUGAUGCUGCUGCCUCCCGCCCACUAUGAGACCCUCCGGUACCUGAUGAUCCACCUGAAGAAGGUGACCAUGAAUGAAAAGGACAAUUUCAUGAACGCCGAGAACCUGGGGAUCGUGUUUGGGCCCACCCUGAUGAGGCCGCCCGAGGACAGCAUGCUCACCACCCUCCAUGACAUGCGGUACCAGAAGCUGAUUGUGCAGAUUCUAAUAGAAAACGAAGAUGUUUUGUUUUAACCCACCAGGGAGAUGGGCUGAACGGCCCCAGGCCCAUGGAAGUUCAGAAGGCUCCAGGAAUAAAAAAACUCUUCUUACACUUGAUUUUCCAAACAAGUGACGGAGUUUCCUGGACCGCAGUGGAUGGCCACGUCGGCUACUGUGUCUCAUAGACACUCGCUUCCUCCACGUGGAGCACAGCACGGGCGAGGGAGAGAGAAAGCCCUCGCUGGGGUCUUCGCCGUGCCUCGUAUGUGUGUCUGUUUUGCCAGAAGAGUGAUUAAUAAAUCUUUCUUUAACUUAUUAAAAACCAGUGUAGACCUUUAUACAGUAAUGAAAGGGAACUUCAUUCAUAGAGGUACUUGAUACAGUUAAACAUUUCCCACUUACGAAAAGAAAGACAACUCUAUAUGUUAAAUGUUAAAUGAGACUUAUAUUGUAAAAUGGAUUUUUAUUUUAGCUGCGAGAAUGUUCCUUUAUUUUAGCAAAUAGAACUCAAUGCAGUGCAUUGAUUAUCGCCCUGUGUACCUUGUCCUGCCUUUGUGCUGUGAUCCCUGGGGAAGUUUGCCAUGAAUGCAGUAUUAUCUUGACAUACCUCCGUCCUUAUCCGUGCUUUCCAGUGAAACUUCACCUGCCACCGGUGUCCCUGCUUUUGAUCCAUUCUGCUGUUAAGCACUGGCAUUGUGCUAUCGUAUGGCAUAUGUUUAUAGCAAUUGUAGAAUGGUCUGGAACAUCCACAAGCUUUCUUCCCAUAAAAAUUUCGUAAAGUCUCAAAGUCUGUUUGGAAUUGGUCAUGGUCUUUCCAUAUCAUGUGUGCAUAUCCCAGAACACGCAGAAUACGGUCAUUUUACAUCAGGUCAUUUGGCCACCCUGGUUGCAUCUGGGCUGUAUAAAAAGUUAGCCUUUUCCCCCCUUUUCUUUGCAGGCAAGCACCCAGAGUUCGUCUGUUAAUGCCAAAUUGUAUUUUUGCCGCAUUUCUGCACUUGUGAAAAGCGAAUCUGCAGAAUAAUUGUUGGUUUUCUUUUCAUUUUUGUUUUAUAAACAAGCCUAUUUUUCAAAGUAAGAAUGAAUGAGUUUGGGUUCCAUGAGUAUUUGUUCCUCUUCGAUCAGAGCAGCUCUGUAUGGAUAAUAAUUUAAUAUGAUUUUAUUACUACAGUUCUGAUUGGUUAUAUUUAUCUUAGCAUGAGCUUUUCACACCAAGAUUUCUAUAUUUUGUAACAUAGGGGAAAUAUUUAAAACAUCAAAAACUGUACAUCUAGACUUUUUUCCUCCUUCAGUCUUUCCCUCCGAUUGUCUGAGAUGAUUGAUGCAGUUACUCACUUGUGUUGUUUUGGAGUGACCAGGAGAAAAUUACUGUGACAAGGGGGUUGGAAGGAGGAGGCAGCAGCGCGGUCGCCGGGCGAGUCCCCGAUGGACUCCUGGGCAGUUGGUGGGGGGAAGGCACUUUGCUGAGUCCCUGAUCUCCUGGUUCCUCCCAGCUGUACAGAUGGGUUUGUUGUAGCUGAUGUACUUCUUGAUACUGUCAAAAAUUAUCUGGAAAUGGUUUUAUUUUGUGAAGUGGACAAUACUUUGUAAUUUAUGAUUGUGUAAAUGGAAGGAAAGGAAUUAAAUGCAUUAAAUUCUUCUGUCUAUCA